UCCUCAAUCUCUCUUCUUCGUUUCCACUUCGGCUUCCCUCUUUCCCUAAUGCCCCUUUCGCCAGAUGGAAAAGGCCGAAACGCCCGUCGUCGAAGCAGUGUCAGCGUUGAAGAAUCUUCAGCUCGAUUCACGGCCUAAAUUCGUCACGCCCGCCAAUUCUUACACUCUACCUGCCAAAAAAGCCAGGCCUCGGAGAUUACUCAGCUUAUGCCUUGGAAUCAUUGGCCAACAUUUAGAGGAUAUUAUCGGGGAUUUAACAGAGAUUGCUGCAGGAUUCCCACCUGAGAUCAAGUUAGCACUUGUAGCUAUUGCAAGGCGAAGAAGAUUGUUGAAUGAUGAUGUCCUUAUAGCUCUAGCUGACAUUUCAUGGGAUCUUCUGGAUGUCUCUGGGUCAGAUGUCACUGAUUUUGGCCUGGCCAAAGUAGCAGAGGAGUGUCCUUAUCUGAAGUCUGUUGAUAUAAGCCGCUGUGAGUGUAUUACUACUGCAGGUGUGUCUGCCCUCACAUGUCAAUGCCGUUCUUUGGAGAUUUUGAGAUGCGGAGGAUGCCCGAGAAGUGACUCUACUGCAAGAAGAAGCAUAAGCAUCUUGAAACCCAAAUUAAAUGAUGUGGAAGAAGAAUGUUGGGAAGAACUGGAUAGCAUAGACAUAGGAAAUGGUGCACAGUCACUCCGUUGGCUUGUUUGGCCCAGGAUUGAUGAAGAUUCUAUUAUGUGCUUGUCUACCGAAUGCCCUCGCAUUAUAGUCAAUCCACAACCAUCACCAAUUGGCAUUCGGAGAGUACAAGUGCCCGACGAAGCAUUAGCCUCAGUAACACUGGAUCAUUCUAUCAUCGAGGACAUCGAUCCUCAGGCAUGGGCAGUGUCAGUUGCUCCAAGAAGGCCAGCCUUGGUACCAUCUGAUUCAAACAGCUCACCUGAACUACACAUAGCAGAGAGAUUCAGGCUUGCUUUCCUUGAGAGGGAUGCUCGGUUGGCUCGCAAAAGAGCUAAAAGUGCAAGACAGCACAAGCGACGGGCAUGGCGGGAGUGGUUGAUGAGUAGUGAUGAUGCGAAGUCCGUCGCCCUUGCUUCUCAAGCUAACAAGUUCUUGCAGAACUGAAGCAGAUUAAGUAAUUCCAUGUGUGUCUCUUGCUUGAAUCUGUUUUUUUGUUGUAUUGUAUAUUAAUGAGAGUGAAGGACUGCUACUUACAAAGAAAUAAGCAACACUAGUUCAUGUUUCUUUUCCUCUCAAUGGACUCUUGGUUGUAUAAUGUAUAAUAGCAUUUUCAGCCACUUCACUUUAUGAAGGUGUGCUAAAUUUUCAGUGAGGAAAUUUUUUAGAAUGAA